AUGGAAGGACCAGGACCAGGAAAAGGCAAAAGGCGUCGCGGUGAUGGCAAGACUUUACAGGAAAUUGCGUUGUCUUUCAUCCAACGAGACGGAGUUAGCGGUAUCUGCCGGAUAGCGGAGAACGACCAAUGCUCCUACGUACAGGAGACUUUGGAUGUAGGCAAUUUCAUCCGCCACUUCCGCACCCAGCAUACAGAUGCUGCGGUUAAAUGUGGCUUGUUGAAUCGAAUUGAUUUAAAUACGAAGAAGCCAAGAAUAGUGACGAAGCGACCCAUGGCAAUUGACAUACCGCUGUAUAUGGAUUCCAUCAGCAAGUUAGUAGCCUAUAAUCAUCUUCCUCUUUGCUUCGUGGAGUGGGAGGGAAUGGAGCAACUAUUUGAUCCGAUAUCCGCCGCACUCGGUAUCACCGUGAACAAGAGCCACGUAAAGAUGAUUAUUCACUCCGUUGCCGUUCAAAUCCGUGCGAUCUUGAGCGGGGAAAUGAAGAAUAGGUUGCUAUCCCUUAAAAUUGACUCCGCCUCACGAUUCAACCGGCACAUCCUUGGAAUAAAUGUCCAAUAUUUCUUGGACAGCAAAAUCGUGAUUCGAACGUUGGGUAUGAUUGAAAUAAAAGACCGUCAAACAGCUGCUUUACUGAAAACUAAAAUUCUAGAGAUUCUCCAGACGUACGGAGUUACCGUUAAGCAGAUAUUCUCAGUCACAUGUGAUAAUGCCGCAAAUAUGUUGGCCGCUGUGAGAAAAUUGAAGCAGGAAUUCGAUUUCAUAAUCUCACUGCAGCUGGAAAAUGAGAUUAACUUAGAAGACACCGAAAAUAAAGAAACCGAACCUGAAAACGAAAUUGACACCGAAGUUGUUGAGAACAACCGAGAUCGGGAUCUCUCGGAGGCCCUUUCGACUGAAUUUCAUCAGGAUCAACUGAACUUAGUUCCAUGUUCGGUUCACAGUCUACAAUUGGUCAUAUUGGACGUCGUUGAAAAAAGUGAUGAAUCUGUCAAAGAAAUAACAGCUGUUGCAAAAAAUUGCAAAUCAGUAAAGUACAAGACACAUUUCGAUUAUCAUAACGCCAGUCUUCCGCCUGUUUGGGGGCAAACAAGGUGAGGAGGUAUCUAUAUGAUGAUGGAUAGCUUUAGUCGCCAAAAGAGCUUCUUUGAUCAACUGGCGCUCCAGUUUCCUGAGCUCGUUCUCAGUCCGAAAAACUGGGAUUUCGUUGACCAAUACGUGCAAGCCUUCGAGCCACUUUUUCUCUGUACUAAGAGAAUGCAGGAAAAUCACGUUCCGCUUCCUGAUUUUUAUUUAUCCUGGUUGAUGGCAAUAAACGAAGUGCAAAAGAUGACUUCGAAUCCAUUUUCGAAACCGCUGACUGAGUCAUUAACAAGUCGUCUCUGAAAUUUAAAAACAUCCCAAGCAUUCCAAAUGGCACUCUAUCUGGAUCCCCGUCUGAAUUACUUGAAUUCAAAACUUUUCAGCAACCAUGAGAAGCAAUACAUCCAGUCCUGCAUUAGGGAUACCUGGAACAGGAUCAGUGAACUGAAACCAUCGACAUGUCGCAACGAAACUAUGGAAAGUGAGGCCAACAACAGCAGCCAAUUUGAUGAGUUCCUCACAGAGCUUUUUGGUGGCACUCUUUCAACAUCGAAUUGCUCAAAUGACUCAACAUUUGAACAGCAAUUGAAAGCGCUAGAUGCAGAAUUGCGCCAAAACCAUACUUUUGAUGUGUUUCAGUAUUGGCUGAUGCGAUUAUACUGACUAAGAAUCAAUUGUUUUUUUUUUGGAUUCGGACAACCAGAACAACUGAAUUUUUUUAAUUUUAAUAAUUUUCGUUCAUAUAAUUUUUGUGUUCCAUAAAAGAUUUAUAAUAAAAAUAGAAUAAUGGAUAUUAAAAUAUUAAAUAUUUGUUUCAUAUGUUCAGACCCCAAAACGCCCAAAAACGUCCAAAAAUCAAGCAUCCACACUAGGAUAACUUCCUAGCCGAUUUCACUCUCGAUUGGUUAACGUUGAACGUUAACCGUUGAUUCUCACUAAUACGCAAUGAUAUUCAAUUCUGACGGUUCAAAUAUCAAGGCGAGAAGGAAAAUGCUAUAAAGAAUGAACUUCAUAGCAUGCUAAUGUUGAUGUUCAUUAUACUCGUUUUCAUUGAUAGUAUGGUUUCAUCUUUCUCGAUUCUCACUUGAGCAGUAGGUUAUCAAUACAAGGUAGGCUGAAAUUUGCCGUAUUUGAAUGUCAUGAACGUGAAUAUUUUCGGCACUGGCUUAAAGCUUAGGUAGACAAAUAUGCUAGAAUGCUUUGAUUGCGUUUUUCUCAGUUGCUGAUUUUAGAACAUGGGACAAAUAUGCGUAGAACGGCAGCAAUCCUGUCGAUGAAAAUAAAAUAGCAGCUAAAAGGUUUUCAAACUCAGUAGAUAACUUCAAAAUCUUCAAAAUGUUAGAUA